GCCCCCUGUGAGCUCCAUCAGGCCGCCGGGUGUCUGUGGCUCGAUUCGCUGCUCUGAUCUAGCUCCCCAGUCUGAGUAUCCAAGCUUGGCAGCUGCGAGCCUUCAUGAGGCGUGGCGGGAGCUGGGGGGAGAUCACAUUUUUGGAUACUGUACCCAUCUUUGAGAAAAGCCCAGAAAGAGAGCAUGGCUCCAGAGCAAAGGGAAGGGAAGUCUCAGGUGUCGGUGACAUUUGAAGACGUGGCCGUGCUCUUUACCCGGGAUGAGUGGAAGAAGCUGGUCCCCUCUCAGAGAAGCCUGUACCGUGAGGUGAUGCUGGAGAACUACAGCAACCUGGCCUCGCUGGGAUUCCCAUUUACCAAACCAAAGAUGAUCUCCGUGUUGCAACAAGGAGAAGAACCCUGGAAAUCAGAGAAAGAAAGUCAUGGAUGCUCCCCUCUUGGAUGUCAUAGCAGUCUUCAAACCACAAAAUCAACUCAAACUAAAGAGUCAUUGUUUCAGGAAUUAAAGAGAAAACAACUCAACAGGGAUGAGGCCUGGGACUUCACCUCAGGAAAAUCCGGCAGACCUGACAACAGUUUUAGGACACAGGAUACAAAUGAAAGCUUAGAAAUAAUUUCAAUCACCCAUACAAAAAUUCUUACUAUAGAUAAAAGCCAUAAGAAUUUUGAAUUUGGUCCAAGCGUUGGCCUGAAGUCAAUUGGUAAGCAAAAGAUUGCAAGAGAAAAAACACAAAGAAAUAGCCUCAAGGAAAAUUCAACUUUACUUAGUCAACCAAAACUCAAGACAGUAGAGAAACGCUAUAAAUGUAGUACUUGCGAAAAAGCCUUCAUUCACAACUCAUCCCUUCACAAACAUCUGAAAAACCAUACUGGAGAGAGACUAUUUCAGUGUAAAGACUGUUUGAAAGCUUUCAGCCAAAGUUCUGCCCUUAUUCAACAUCAAAGAACUCACACUGGAGAGAAGCCCUAUAUAUGUAAAGAGUGUGGAAAGGCCUUCAGCCAUAGUGCAUCCCUCUGCAAGCACCUAAGAACUCAUACUUUGGAAAAAUCCUAUACAUGCAAAGAAUGUGGAAAAUCUUUUAGCAGAAGGUCUGGCCUUUUUUUGCACCAAAAAAUCCAUGCCCGAGAAAAUCCUCAUAAAUAUAACCCAGGAAGGAAGGCAUCCACUUCCCUUUCAGGAUGCCAGAGAAUUCAUUCCAGAAAGAAGACCUACUUGUGCAACGAAUGUGGCAACACCUUUAAGUCUAGCUCAUCCCUUCGUUAUCAUCAGAGGAUCCACACCGGAGAGAAACCUUUCAAGUGCAGUGAGUGUGGUAGGGCCUUCAGUCAGAGUGCAUCGCUUAUUCAGCAUGAAAGAAUCCACACUGGAGAAAAGCCCUACAGAUGCAAUGAGUGUGGGAAAGGCUUCACUUCUAUCUCAAGACUCAAUAGACACCGAAUAAUUCAUACGGGAGAGAAAUUGUAUAAUUGCAAUGAGUGUGGCAAAGGCUUAAGUUCCCAUUCAACUCUUAUUAUUCAUGAAAGAAUUCACACUGGAGAGAAACCAUGUAAAUGUAAAGUUUGUGGGAAAGCCUUCCGACAAAGUUCAGCUCUGAUCCAACAUCAGAGAAUGCACACUGGAGAAAGACCCUAUAAAUGUAAUGAGUGCGGCAAGACCUUCAGGUGUAACUCAUCCCUAAGCAACCAUCAGCGGAUCCACACCGGAGAGAAACCGUACCGAUGUCAGGAAUGCGGGAUGUCAUUUGGUCAAAGUGCAGCUCUUAUUCAACACCGAAGGAUUCACACAGGAGAGAAACCCUUUAAAUGUAACAUGUGCGGGAAGAGUUUUAGGCAGAGCUCCUCACUUAUUGCCCAUCAGAGGAUUCACACAGGAGAGAAACCCUAUGAGUGUAGUGCUUGUGGCAAGCUCUUCAGCCAGAGAUCCUCCCUAACCAAUCACUAUAAAAUUCAUAUCGAAGAGGACACCUUGAACACAGAUUUGCAUGAGUAAACAAUUAACCAAAGUUCCUCAGAGAAUAUAUUCUUCAUAUUGACAAUAACUAUAGUGACUAUGAGGAAACUUAUUAAUUUAGUCCUAUGGGAUAUUGAGAAUACAAGAAUAAGACUGUGGUCAUAUAAUAAUUAACAGAGAAAAUUUCAUACCUGCCAGUCACUUUUUAAGACCAGACACUUAACUGUAGCAGACAUUGACAAUGGCCAUUUAUAAGGUAACAGAAACACCUUUUUAUCUCAUCCACAUAAUAUAAAAUAUGCAAUAUAGAAACACUAGAAAAAUCUGAGUUCAAGAGUGUUGAUUUGUCAUUAGAAAAAGGAAUACCAGCUAUUAGCAUACUUACUACAUGUAAUAUUUUAAUAGUAAAUACUUAAAAUAUAUGCAUUUUUAAAUCAAUGGGCAGAAUUAAAGAAAGGAAAACAAAACAAAAAAACUACCUCGUACUGUCUUUUCCUAAGCUACUGUCAAACUGCAUGGUUUUUAUUAAAGAGAAAGAAAGAGAA